AUGGACAUCCAAGCGCCAGCCCCCCAGCGCAUCGUCUCUAACGUGUCGGAUGGCAUAAUCGAUCCGUUGACUACCACGGCCGAGGAACUACAAGAGCUUCUGACAUCAGGUAGUCUGACUAGCCUCGAUUUGAUCAAUGUUUAUCUUGGUCAGAUCGAGCAGCACAACAAGAACGGUCUGAAGUUGAACGCAAUCAUUUCCACCGCACCAGAACACAUUGUUGCUGAACAAGCCAGACUUCUCGACGCUGAAAGAGCCGCUGGCAAUAUACGCGGUCCCCUACACGGUAUUCCAGUUGUCGUCAAGGACAAUGUAAUGACCGACUCUUCCAUGGGUAUGGAUACUACAUGUGGCUCCUAUGCUCUUGUCGGAGCCAAGGCACCAAAUGCUCCCAUAGUAAACCGUCUUUUGAAAGCUGGCAUGAUUAUUCUCGCGAAAGCCAACUUAUCUAUUACAGAGUUUCUCCAAGCUGUAGCUACUAUCCGGGAGUCUGGGGCAGAAGUAACGGAAAACGUCGUGUUGCCACAAGUCGACGAGAUCUCUUGGGAAGGCGAGGAUGCCCUUGAGACGGUGUGGAACUCGUAUCUCGGCGGUGAAAUCAACUCUUUCCUCGGAGAAUACACCGAGUCCCCGGUACGCACAGUCGAGCAGCUGAUACAGUGGAAUUCUGAUCACAAAGACUUGGAGCUCCCACCAGGUAAGGCGAGACCACUGAACGAGACAAAGCGUUGCAAGGAGCCAGCAGCUGAUAGCAUCGCAGCAUUUCCGGGCCAACAGCAGCUCGAGAAUACAUUGAAGAGCGACCUGACGGAGGAGAAGCGCCAAGAGAUCGUUUCAUUCAUCCGCAAGACCGCCAAAGAUGACGGGUUUGACCGUAUCUUUCAGGAGACAGGGGCCGAAGUGCUCAUAGGACCACUAGACGGGCGGAUUGUCACCGUUGCUGCUGCAGCAGGAUACCCCGCCGGAGUGGCACCGUUGGGAUAUGCCGACAAUUACAAUGGUAGAGCAUACGGCGUGGCCAUCGUGGCAAAAGCUGGGGAGGAGGGAAAGAUCCUACAAGCCAUGAGUGCUUGGGAGAAGACGAUGCCACGACGGAUCCCGCCUCCACAGCUGGCAAAUCUUAAAGCGAGUCUAUGA